AGAGCAGGGAACAAGUGCAUUCCCCUGGUGAAUGGUGUUGAAGGAAGGAGGGACCUGGACAAGAGAGUUGCUGAAAAUCUCCUGUGUCACCUGGGGUUCAGCUUAACCUGGAUUUCCAUUUCCCUAGAGCUCUACUAUGACCGAGGGAACCACCACGAGUUCGUGUCCCUGGUGAAGGACCUGGCCCGGCCUGGGGAAUUCACUCAGUCACAAACGUUUGACUUUGAGUUCACCCACGUGGAGAAACCUUACGAGUCCUACACGGGGCAGAAUGUGAAGCUAAGGUAUUUCCUCCGUGCCACCGUGAGCCGCCGGCUGAACGACGUGGUGAAGGAGAUGGACAUCGUUGUGCACACGCUGAGCACCUACCCCGAGCUCAACUCCUCCAUCAAGAUGGAAGUGGGCAUUGAGGACUGCCUGCACAUCGAGUUCGAGUACAACAAAUCCAAGUACCAUUUAAAAGAUGUGAUUGUGGGGAAGAUCUACUUCCUGCUGGUGCGGAUCAAGAUCAAGCACAUGGAGAUAGACAUCAUCAAGAGGGAGACAACGGGCACGGGGCCCAACGUGUACCACGAGAACGACACCAUAGCCAAGUACGAGAUCAUGGAUGGGGCACCUGUGAGAGGGGAGUCCAUUCCCAUCAGGCUCUUUCUGGCUGGCUAUGAGCUGACUCCUACCAUGAGGGACAUCAACAAGAAGUUCUCUGUGCGUUAUUACCUCAACCUGGUGCUGAUUGAUGAGGAGGAGCGGCGCUACUUCAAACAGCAGGAGGUGGUGCUGUGGAGGAAAGGGGACAUCGUGAGGAAGAGCAUGUCCCACCAGGCGGCCAUCGCGUCGCAGCGCUUCGAGGGCAGCUCGGCGCACGGCGAGCCCAAGGCCCCGGGGCAGCCCGCGGACAACAACGGCCGCCAGUGAGGCCGGGGGGCGCCGGGACCCCCCAGCAGCGCGGGACUCGCAGGGACCUCCCUGAAUAAACACCCGGAUCUGACUGCAUUCCUUUCUUCGGAGGACUGGCGGGGUGGGACGGGGCGGGAGGGCUCGGCCAGCUGCACUGUGGUGCCUGGCACUGCCCAGUCCAUCCAUUCCUUGGAGGCCAUGGCUGCUUGGAGGCCGUGGCCGAGCUCCUGAUCUCCUCCUGAGCUCCUCUGUGCCCCGAGGGCUCCCACAGCUGUGGGGAAGGAGAGAGCGGGGAAGGCCCAGGGUGCUUUGGGGCUGUGCAGGAUGGAUGUUCUCCUUGCCUUUCCGAAAUCUUGCCCGGUGAUGAGCUGGAUGGAGGUCCUAGCAGAAGGAGCUAGAGGAGGGAUCAGAGACUGCUGUGGCCUGCUGGAAACCUUGUGGUGUCAUCCCCUCGCUGCUUCCCCUUCUUCCUCUCGUGCUGGCGUUGGAUUCCUUGCCACAAGCAGCUGGAUGCUGGAGGUGGCUCAGCCCUGGGACUGCCACCCAGCCACGUGGAGCUGUGUCCCACCGGGAGCUGUGGCUGCAGGAGGAGGUGCCGUGGGGUGGGCAGAGCGGUGACGGUCCCAGUGCUCAUGGGUGGGCAACAAGUGGGGCCAGGAAGGCUCCUGGCCAUGAGCUGUGCCUUCCUCAUCUUGUCCCGAGAUCCACACUCGGCUGCUGCUCUCAGGUGCUGCUGCAGGGAGGUGUGGAGAGCAGCUCUGGAGCUCUUGGGGGCUCUCCUGUGGGUGGGUUUGUGCUGCCCUGCCUGUGUCUGUGUCCUGGGGACAGAGCAGGCUGUGUGUGGGGAUGGACAGUAGGGUGGGGACACGUGCACGUGGUCUGGUUUGCUGAGGUUUGCUGCCUGCAGGAUGAGGGUUAGUGGGGACAGAAGGGGAAUGCAGUGGUUGUGGGAGGCUCAAACAGGCCAGUGUGGGCUGCUGGAAGGAGCCAGGCAGCACCUGGAAGGGUGGCAGAGCUCUGAUUCCAGAGACACAUGCCUGAGGCCUGAGCUGAAGUCACCAGCGAGGUCUGAGAGCACGCAGUGAGCUGAGAACCUGAAUGUGGGUUUUCUUUUUUUUUUAAAUAAGCUGCUUUUAGCCUUCAGCUAAGUAGACUCAUGAGAACAUUCCCAGAAGGAAGUCACUCCUCCAUUAAAAAUCAGAUGUGGCUUUGUAGACUUGAUUGCCUGAGUUUGGAGGAUGUCCAUCCUGUUCAAGCAGGUGGUGACACCUCCUACCCCAGGGAGAGACCAGCCUGCACCAAGUGCUGGGAUAGGAGCUCUGUCAAGUGGGAUUUGUCUGGAUUUCCCUGAGUUUGUGGCUUGUUAGUUUGUCCAGCUUCCUUUUGGCUCUGGAAUCAAGCUCCUCUGUCCUGCAGCUGAGUGUGGAGCAGGUAUCUGGGCAAUGGAAGUGUCUGCUGUGCUCAGUGGGACGGUGCUGGUGGAGGGAGUGGGGCUGGGGUGGGAAGGGGAGCUUUUUCUGUCAUGACAGCUACUGUAUUCAGUGAUAAAUGUGUGUUUCUGCUUGCCAAAGUCAGUUAUCUUUUCCUCACCACGUGUAAGGUUGUGGUUUGUAGUGGAGCUGGCCAGUCUCGCUCUGUAGAGGACACUAAUGCUCAUCUCUGCUCAGUGCUUGUGUCACCCCUGGUUCUGCUGUGCCCCACUGAGGACCUGGCUGGCUUGUCCCUCCAUGGCAGGGGACCUGGAUGUCACUGGGGACACUCUUCCCUCCCCUGUCACCCCUGGUUCUGCUGUGCCCCACUGAGGACAUGGCUUUCUUGUCCCCCCUUGGGGAGUCUGUGCCAUGGGCUGGGCCCUGCCUUCCCAGGGGCAAAAUAUCCCUGCAGACAACAAUCACCCUGCUGUGCCAGGGCAGGGCUGGGCACCUCUGACAUGGCAGGGAACCCUGGAUGGCACUGGGGACACUCCUCCCUCCCUUCCUUUGGGGGACGUGGCUGUGCUGCAGCCAGGCACAAUCCUAUAGGGACAAGUGAGGCUCCUUGGGGAUAGCAAACUGUUCUUCUAAGGGGAACUGAGCACAGCAGUGCCCUUACAAUCUUCUUCAGCUUUCCUUCAGCUCCCUCCUUGCCUUUAUUCCUUUAUUCCCUUUAUUCCUUUACUCCUUUAUUCCUUUAUUCCCUUUAUUCCCCUGGAUUGUAGGCCAUGUGGCAGGAAAGAAACCCCCUGGAUGGAGAUGUCUCUGCAUUCCAGGAGUGGUUUUUUCCUGCCUGGCUGGGUGUGAGAUCAUUGCCUGGCUGGAAGGAGGUGGCUUCAACAUCUGCUCAUCACUCCUGGAGGGUUCCUUUGGAAAAGGUGCAUGAAUCUGUACAUUGAUUGAGCCUAAACAUUGAUUGAGCCUGUACAUUGAUUUGGGGGAUUUUUCCUACCCCAUGUCCCUGUGUGUGGAACCAGAAUUCAGAAGUGAUCCCCGUUUUUACUGAAUCUGAAGGACCAUUUUCAGCCUGUUAGCCCUGUGUUUGUGUGGGGUGGAGCAGAUGUGCUGGGCUCACUCCAGGACAAGGUACUCCAGAGCAGUGUUGUGUUGGCAUGUCCAGGGGCACUCCUGCCCCCUGAGCUGGUGGUUCUGUGCUGUACUUGGCUCAUUCCCUCCCUCCCAGGCACAGGGGAGUGGGCAGGUACCAAACCAAGCAGUGCAAGUUGUAAUUAAGCCUCUGCUGUGUUUACAUGUUUCUUAAUUCGUCGUCUUUUCAAUGGCUGUAUUUUAAAACUUGGGUUUUUUUGUCUCUCCAAUUAAAAAGAGCCAGCCCUGGCUGUCAAAUGCUGUG